UCCAUUAGUCGGAUCGUGAUGGGAGUUGGGAGUUGCAUUGGCAAUUCCGGGUUGAUCCAAAACCGUGUCAAACCCGACUCGUUGACAUGCGAAGACGUUUCCCGACUUCCGUCAUUUCCUUCUAUUGCCCUUCACUUAUACUCUCAGGCGAGACUCUCAACUCUUCUGGUCUUCUUCUCACCUCAGGAAAGCUGUUCAUGGUUUCAUUCUGUGCCUUCAAAUUUCUCAAACGUUUGGAGAUUGGUUUCUGCUUUCUGGUUAGUUUCUUGGAACAUCUACCCUUUCUCAAUAUCUUUGCUGAAAAUGUAUCGCAUUUCCCAAAACAGAAGAACAUUUUAUUUUCAUUUCCUGCAUAACCCAUUUCUCAAAUCCUUGACAACAAAGAUAGCAGCCCCAGCGAUCUCCUUGGAUCCAUCGUUGCCAUUUACAGUUCAAUACCUCGUGAAUACAUGUUUGCUUUCUAUAGAAAGUGCUCUCUCAGCAUCCAAAAGUAUUCAACUCGAUGAAAGAAACACCCAGAAGCACGAUUCUGUCAUCAACUUCCUAAAAUCCCAUGGCUUCUCUGAUACCCACAUCUCAAAACUCAUCACUAAGCGUCCUUCGCUUCUCCGCUGUAAUUUAGAGGGAAAGUUCAAACCCAAGAUAGAAUACCUUCUUGGUUUUGGAUUUUCGAGCUCCACUCUCGCAGAUCUACUCAUCUCAAAUCCAAAUGGUCUUAAAAGCUUGGAUAAUGUUUUAAAACCAAAUUUUGAAGUCCUCUUGACAUUUCUGAAGACUAAAGAAGAUGUCAUCAAGACCGUUAAACGCUAUCCGUGGCUGCUAAGUUUUGAUCUCAAACGAAAUAUGCAACCUAAUGUUGCUAUCUUAACGAGUCAUGGUGUACACAUUGCACACAUCUCCAAGCUGAUCAGUUCCCAACCAAUGACUGUAUUGCAGAAGGUGGAUAAGAUGAUUAAGAUUGUCCAGACUGUUAAAAAGUUGGGGUUCCAACCCAGCAGUUCUUUGUUUGUACAUGCUGUUCGAGCAAUGUCUUCAAUGAAAGAGCCUACAUGGGAAAGGAAAAUGGAAGUUUUUAAAAGCUUGGGGUGGUCUGAGGAAGAGGUUAUGUCUGCUUUUAAGAGAGCACCUUUUGUUAUAACUUGUUCAGAAGAGAAGAUCAAGAGGUUGAUGGAUUUCUAUACAAGCACCAUGAAGCUGGAUCGAUCAACUAUAAUUACAAAUCCCAUUCUUCUUGGAUAUGGAUUUUGCACAAGGAUCUGGCCAAGAUAUUCGGUACUAAAGGUUCUGGAGACAAAGAAGCUGCUUGAAGUAGACAGGAAGCAUAUUUGGGCGUUUAAGCUUACUGAGAAGAACUUUGUGGAGACCUAUGUGACUAUGUAUUUGGAUAGAGUCCCAGAUUUAAUGGAGGUUUACAAGGACGCCAUUGCAGCUAAAGAGGCUUGUAUUAAUGGUAGGCAGUGAGUAAGUAGAAUGUCAAAAGAUAAAUUUUGACUUGGAAUUGCUGAACAAAAGAUUGCUCUGAAGAAUGGUGUUUUUACCCUGCUGUUCAAAAUUGGUUGAGCCUGUAGUUUAAAUCUUCAAGUUAAUGUUUAGUUGCUGUUUCGAAGCUACUAUCAGGCAAGGAUAACAACAGGUACCCAGUUGGUGAAUGACCCUAAGCUGGAGAAGGAAUGUUGAUAUUAGAUAUGACACUGAAGUUAUCCRACAUCCUGACUUCUGAUCUACUGAGUUUCAUUGGAGACACCUCUCAUUUAGUUGCGCGCAAAACCUUAUUCUUCAGUCAUGUUAAAAGCUUUGUAGAUCAUGUAGCUUACUUGGUGACCGUAUUCAGUCUCUAUCUGGCUUUGAUGGGCAACCUCGCAGUAUGACAUGACAAUAAAGCUUUGGAUAAGUAUAGUUUUCCAUCUAAAUUUGGGCUCUACCUUACAAAUUACCAU